AUGAAUGCUUGUUUGUGUGUUUCGUCCUCUCCCCCCUCCUGGUGUUCCCCUGUGGGUCGGGCUCCGCCCCGCCCUCCAGGCUGCAGCCAGACUACCUGGGUCCACUUCCUGGAGCGACAGUUCGGACCGCACUGCCGCCGUCAUGUUCCUCCUGAGCUGCUUCUCAGCCUCCACCUGGACCUUGCUGGCGCUUCUCCUCACUCUGCUGCUCGUGUACGGAGUUUGGCCCUAUCGUUUUUUCAAGAAGCUGGGAAUCCCGGGGCCCAGGCCGCUGCCUUUCAUCGGCACCAUGAUGGCCUUGCGAAAGGGGAUUCCCGCCCUUGACAAGGAAUGCUACGACAAGUAUGGCGACUACUGGGGGCUGUACGACGGCAGGAGCCCCACUCUGAUCGUUGCCGACCCGGAGAUGAUCAAAACAGUGUUGCUGAAGGAGUGUUACAGCGUCUUCACCAACCGCCGGGAGACGUUCAUCUCGGGGCCGAUGGACGACGCCAUCACCAACGUCAAAGACGACCACUGGAAAAGGAUCCGCAGCACGUUGUCUCCAUGUUUCACCAGCGGGAAGCUCAAGCAGAUGUUCCCGCUCAUCACUCGCUAUUCCGACCGACUCGUCCAGAGUCUGGACAAGAAGGACCUGGACUCCGUGGAUGUCAAACAGCUGAUGGCCCCGUACAGUCUGGACGUCGUGACCAGUGCGUCCUUCGGCGUGGAGUCCGACGCCAUCAACAACCCAGACUCUCCACUCGUGGUGCACCUCAAGAAGAUGCUCAACUUCAAGGCGUGGCCUUUAUUCAUCCUCUUCGCCUUCCCUCUUGCUGAACGUCUGCUGAGGUUCCUCCACCUGGACUUCAUGAACAUGGAAAGUAUGAACUUUUUCUAUGACAUCAUCAAGAAGUUCAAGCAGGAGCACCACGCCGGCGACUCUAGACGCGCCGACUUCCUUCAGGUCAUGAUGGAGAGUGAGAUUCCUGAGUCCAGCGUCAAGGGCCAGCAGGAACAGCCUAGCAAAGGUCUGACCGAGCACGAGAUCCUGUCUCAGGCCUUCAUCUUCAUCUUCGGCGGGUACGAGACCACCAGCACCACCCUCAGCUUCAUCCUGCACAACCUGGCCACCAACCCGGACAAGAUGCAGAUCCUGCAGAAGGAGAUCGACUCCGCCUUCCCUAAAGACAGCCCGAUGACCUACGAGCAGCUGCUCGGCCUGGAGUACCUGGAGCAGGUGAUCCUGGAGGCCAUGCGUUUGACUCCCACGGCGCCGCGACUGGAGAGGAGCUGCAAGAAAACCAUCCACAUGAACGGGAUCACCAUUCCCAAAGGAACCCUGGUCGGGAUCCCGGUGACGCUGCUGCACAGGAGCCCCAAAUACUGGACCGACCCGGACCUUUUCAGGCCUGAGAGGUUCAGCAAAGACAGCGGCGAGGAGGUGAACCCGUACGCCUACAUGCCGUUCGGCCUCGGCCCUCGCAACUGUGUGGGGAUGCGCUACGCCCUGCUGGUGGUGAAGACGGUGCUGGUGCAGCUGCUGCGGAGCUACGAAGUGGAGACCUGCAGGGACACCAUGAUUCCGCUGACGUUCGACUGGGCGGCCAGACCAGUGAAGCCCAUCAAACUCAAGUUUGUUCCCAGACAACAGUAGAUCUGCGGAUCCUGCUUCCUUCCGUCCUGGUCGCUGUCAGUGGAGCUCACCUGCAGUCGAAGCUCCAGAGGAGACGAACACGGGUCAAUGACACGCUUGCGUUGCUAGUGAGCUGUUUUCUCUUCCUGCACUACCAAAAGGUUUCAUUGAAAUAAAGCACUUCCAUGUUGGACUCCUCACUGAGACCGCCCUGUGGAGGGAGGAACCUCCGGUCAUCUCGCCUUCUGACGUGA